AUGCCCAAGAGCCAUGAUACACUCAUGCAGGUUAGAUGCCAACAGAAGGAAAUAAACAACUUAAUUCAAAGGAAAAUUGCUGUUGAUGACAACAUUGCAUUAGUGCAGAAGGAAGUAACUGAUUUGAAGGAAAAGCUCAAAAAGAAAAGCCAGGAUUGUAAGGACGCUAAGGAACGUGCACUGAAGGUCGAGGAGAAAACCAGCCUGCUUCUGAAAAAUCUAGAGGAAGAAAAGCAGGGAUUAAGCACACGCUGCUCUGACCUGCUAAAUGACCUGGAGAAGCAAGCAGCCCAGUGGAAGGAAGAGAAAUCUGACAUUGACUCCAAAGUAAAGUUUUUGGAAGAUGAGCUAAAAGGAACCAGGAAUCAAGUGGAAAACCUGCACAACAAAUGUAACGAGUUGUCAUCUCACCUUGAGCAUCAGCAGAGAGAAGUGGAUGUAAAGGAUGGUGAAGUGAUUAAAUUUAGGAAAGAGUUACAGAGUUUGCAAUGUUUAUACAAAGAAAGCAUUGAACACGCAGCCCAGCAAGCUGAGGUCAUCCAGCAGCUACAAGCCCUCAAUGUGGAUACGCAGAAGGUCCUGAGGAAUCAGGAAGAUGCUCAUGCCUUGGAGUCUAGGUCUUAUCAAAAGGUUAUCCGGUACUCUUAUGCAAUGGAGCCAGCAUCCAGAGAAUUCACUGUGGUCCUGUAG